AGCAAUUGUCGGGCCGCGAGGGAGAGGGGAGGGAGCUUGAGCACAUUCAUUCAGGAUGCUGACCGAGGAGGAGGGGCCUGCCUGCCGGUGCAUCACUGCGGCGCGCGCCGCAUCUUAUGAAUGAAAGCGGCUUGCCCACUGUUUGGAGCGGAGAAGGCGCGCCUGACAAGUGGAUUGAGAGGAGGGAGACGCGGACCGGUAAAGUACAGUGGUGGGGAGCAGUGGCCCACUAGAUGUUGCUAUACUUCAUCUCCCAUCGACCCCAGCCAGCAUGGCCAAUGGUCAUGGAUCAUGGCAACUGUAGUCCAGCAAGAGCUGGAGGGCCACAGGUUUCCCAUCCCUGAUGCUGAAGUUCUGGGAAAGAGUACCAGAUAUAAGGAAAGCAGGUUGGAGAUGGCUGGACCUAGAUUUAUUUCCAACAGAACAUCCCAGCACACUUUAUUAUCGAAUUCUGAUUAUACUUGGGAGUAUGAAUAUUAUGAAUAUGGGCCAGUUUCCUUUGAAGGCCUCAAGGCUCAUAAAUAUUCCAUUGUGAUUGGGUUUUGGGUUGGCCUUGCUGUCUUUGUUAUUUUUAUGUUCUUUGUACUGACCUUGUUGACAAAGACGGGAGCACCACACCAAGAGACUACUGACUCUUCUGAAAAAAGACUUUGCAUGAACAACUUUGUGGCAGACUUUGGUAGGCCACUGAAUUCCGACAGAAUCUUUUCUCAGCAGGCUGCUGAAGAGUCCAGGCUGCUCUUCCACUGCUACAUCCAUGAAUACGAGAACAUGGACAGGAUCAAACAAUGCCAGAAAGUGCCAGUUAUGGACAGUAACAUCCACUUCCAGGAAGUAAUUCGGAGCAGUGAGAUACUGGAGGAGGAGCUGAAUAGCCACACAAAAUUCAACAUCCCCAACUUUGUGAACACUGAUCAGAAUUCUUCGCUGGGUGAAGAUGAUCUGCUGAUUUCAGAGCCACCUAUUAUUUUACAGAGCAAACCAGUGCGUCAAGCCUCUCACCAGAUUCUUAACUGAAGAAACUUGAGCAAAAUAUUCUAUUAAAACAUUUUUUCUUUAAUUUCCAUCCUAUCUUUCAUUUGUGGGUACAGGACUACAUUGGUUGAAUAUGCUUUGGUACCCAGCUUACAAUUGUUUUAUGCUGUCUUUUCCCGUGUUUGCUGAAACUGAAAGCUGUUACGUUGCUUGUCAUUUUGUUUUUAUUUUUAAAAGAUGUACAGGGCAUCUGUCUAAUAAAGAAGUGAUCCAUCCUGGAAUGAGAUGGGACAUGAGAAUCUGUUGAAUUUUGUACAAGGGAACCCCCUGAGCGUGUUUGAAGGUCACAAAACUUUUAAGCCAGUGGGGCUGGUAUUUAAGCAGGCUAACAACCCAACCCAAAAAAUUUAAUCCAGAGGGUCGAUUGUGCCCAAGUGUUGAAAUAAAUGGGAUCACAACUGAUAAAAGCCUUGUUGAAAUCAAAGGGACAAGCACCAUAAGCAUGAGCAGCUAACUCUGCAUUGUAGUCAAUGGCUAUACAGUGAGGCUAACUUGUAUUUCUACUUAAUUUAGAUGUAGUUGGACAUUCUGUGAUGAAAGUCUUAGGACCACUUCCUGUAUUACAGGAAUUUGUGGACAUACAUGUGUUGUAUAUGUGCUUUGUAAUCCUCGCAAUGUGCAAGAACAGUGCUUUUGUGUUUGAAAAUAUAUGUACCAUGUGUCUUAUGGUGGGAUCCUGGGACUGAUUGUCUAGCAAGUUUCUUGAAUGCUUGCAAGACGCUGUGUAUACAUCUUGUUCAGAUAAGUAACUGCUACUCCUGUGAGCUUUCCCAUAUGGGUUGGUUUUACAGAAAAGGUAAACUAAAAGCAAAU